CCACCAAUGGGUUUUUCAAAUCCACUUCCGGAUGUCCCGCCCAUGCGCACUAAACGGAAACAUGGCAGCUCCAACUACCAACUCCGAUGACAUUUCAGCGUCCAUUGCUCGCAUUUUGAAUGAAAAACACUCCCCUGAACACUUACAAGUCUUACAAACUUUUACCGCUUUGUUACAGGACCGGGAAUACAGGGAUGCUGUCGGUGGAAAGGCGUUCUCCGGUCUUCUAAAAGUCUUAUCCAGACUCCGUGAUGAGCUGCAAGCUUCCAGCGGCUCUGAUUACAACCUAAAGCUGCAGCUUGCUGCUGAGUGCUUUCGAGCUCAGAGGAACUCCUGUGUGCAAAGUUCCCGUAACCAGUGCCUGCUCAGGGAGCUUGGUUUCGUUGAUGUUUCUCUUCAGCUACUGAGAUUCCUGUACACAAAUUCAAAGAGCAGGGAUGGCGUCUUUGAACCUGUGCGUUGUGGGAUCCAGUUUCUUGGUAAUUUAGCUGUGGGGAACCAAGUGUGUAAAGAUGACAUUUGGCAGCGGAGCUUUCCAGAUCUCUUCUUGCAGCUGCUUAGCGUGGAUGACGAGAAGACGGUGAGCCACACCUCUAUGGUGCUCCACACAUGUCUGGAUGAAGCCAAGGUGGAGGAACUGUCCGAGCCGCAGAACAUCCAAUUGGCGCUCAAGGUGAUGGAGCUCUGCAGGACGCAACCCGAGCUGGACUGGACGGUCCUCAUUGCAACUCAACACUUUCUCAAGUCUGCAGCUCUGGUUGAAAAAAUGUAUGCUGCAAUGUCAUCCUGUGAAAGACUUACCCUGUUAGAGCUGAUCUCGGCCCAGCUAAGUGGCGAAGAGUCCCUGGACUGUGGCGUCCCCUCCAACGUGGCUCGCUUCCUCGCCUCCGCCUUCCAGAAAGGUUGCGGAGCCGUGUUGACCCUUGCCACUGGCUCCGCCUCCAGCGAAGAGGUCCUGCAGGAGGCGCUGACGGUGAUCGGUCUACUUGACGUGCUGUGCGAGAUGACCUCACACCAAGCGCAGUUCCUCCAGGACCAACCGGACCUUUUAGUGACCACUGUAGAGCUCUUGAAGCAGGUCCACGCCAUCGGAAAGGCCAGCAAGAACAUUUUCAGCUCGGCUCAGAACUUCUCAACCCCGAGCGACGAAGAUGACCCUUCUUCCGAAUCACCCGUCGUCAGCUUUAAGGCUCACCUUAUCAGGCUUAUCGGAAACCUGUGCUACACCCACGCCAACAACCAGAACAAGGUCAGAGAACUGGAAGGCCUCCCACUCAUUUUGGACAACUGCAACAUAGACAGCAACAACCCAUUCAUCAGUCAAUGGUCCGUUUUCGCUAUCCGCAACCUCCUGGAGCACAAUCGGAAGAAUCAGGAGCUGGUGGCCUCCCUGGAACGCUGUGGGGCUGCCGACUAUUCUGCGCUCAGGGAGCUGGGCUUCCAGGUGGAGGAGAGAGAUGGCAGCUUGCUGCUCAAACCAGUCAGGAAAGAUGCUUGACCUCCGCCGGGAACACAGGUUUUCAUGUGAAGAAGUCACACCGGCAGGAACCAUGAACAUGCUUGCAAUAAUAUUAUCCACCCUUCGCAACACAAUAGGGCUCGAAAAGGCACGGGAUUUCGCAAUGCAUUGUGGGGCUGGGUAGCCAUUGUUUGUGUUUGUUUACAUGGCUGUACUCAACCAGCGGUAUUGUGAGAGUGAGCAACAAAGUGGAUUAAAUCGUACGUAAAAAAACAAGACCCUGUUCCAAAUGCUCGCCACCUUAAAAAUAAGUAAAAUUGGUGGAAUUGAUCCAAAUGAGCACGUCCGAUAGACGAGAUUUGAGCAACCUGCCGAAUGUGUCCUGUAUCUCGAUAGUCGCCAAAGUCAGUUUUUAUACAGGCCAAGCAUUUCGGAAUGCAUAGUCGAUAAAGGCUCACAGACAAACCAAACUUCAAGAUUUUUACAUCAGAAAAAAAAGAUUGUUGUCUUUUCAGAGGUAAGUCAACAGGACUGGAGAAAUUUGUUUCAAACUAAAUAUAUUUGAAGUCUGAAAUACAAAUGCAUCAAUGUGGGAAAAAUGUAAAGUCUUCUCAGAUCUGUGAAUAAGGAAGGUCCUGGGUUCGAUCUCUGGACUCAGGGUCUUUCUGUGGGGAGUUUGCAUGUUUUCCCGGUGACUGCGUGGGUUCCCUCCGGUUACUCCGGCUUCCUCCCACCCGCAAAGACACGCACCUGGGGAUAGACUGAUUGGCAACACUAAAUGGUCCCUAGAGUGUGAAUGUUGUCUAUUUUUGUUGGCCCUGCAAUGAGGUGGCGACUUGUCCAGGGUAUACCUGAGUGCAGCUGGGAUAGGCUCGAGCACCCCCCACCACCCCGAGAGGGACAAGCGGUAGAAAAUGGAUGGAUGGAUACUGUACGUUGUUUGUAACACUAACCGCUUACUAAAUGGUGCGACAGAAUAAAACGUGCUUUGAUUCCAACUUACCAGUGUGAAAAUGCCGUGAACACACCGUUUACCAGGUGAUGGCGUUAAAAGUCAUGUUUGUCUCACAGCUGCUAUCCAGGCUAUUCACCGUCUCUUCAUUAGCUCACUAACUCGACUUCUUUGGGCUUUGCUUUCUUGCUGGAAAUGAGAAAAGUCUCACAAAAACCUUUUUUUUUUUUUGCCUAAAGCGAUCAUGACCACGAUUGUGGCAGUUAAUGCUGCCGCACGUUCGCGCCAUGUUUUGAACUUUGUACAAAACUUGAGCAAAGAGUCUUGUUUUCAGCCAUGUAAAUAAGUAAUACCGAGUCCAGCAAGACCCACAAUGCAUUGCGUUAGUAUGUCACACUUUCAAGCCUUCUCAAUACAUGCACAGGUUCUCCUUGCUAAAACUAAGCUUUAGGACCUCUUGUAUGGUCUCACCCCAAAUUCUUGGAAAUGAAGAUAAAGGCAAUGCUGGUUAAAAUAAUUAUUUGGGCUGUAAUCCAAAGACAAAUACCUCUGCAGUUUUCAGGCUUUUCUAAUCUUAAUCAGGGUUAAAUCCCAUGCUGAAUCACCCAAUGAAUACAUGUAACACAUAUUAUAAAAAACAUACCAUAGAAAUAUUGUCUAUAUAGCAGUAACAAUCAUGUUUAUACUCAUUGCAUGCUCAUAAUCCUAACUAAAUGCACUGUAUUGUAGAUAAAUGCUGUGUCAAAGGGUUUAAGACAUCCAAUCUACCUAUUUGAGUCUUUCACUAUGUCACUGCUUUCCUCCUAACCUGUAAUUUACUUUUGUUCUGGUGAUUAGUGGUAGAGUCAGAAGCGAUAAUCUGUCCUGACAUCUCGACAAUGUAGCGCGUUGUAGAACCUGCCCCACCCUGUUUUCUCUGCCUGGCGUUUUUUUUUUUAAUGACAAGAUGCACUGAAACAAUCAACCGGACUCUCCCCUCAAUCCGCCGCCAUGGUGGAGGGAGCUUAUAUGGUUCCGGUCCCCAAGGAUUUCAGACAGCUAACAAAACAGCGUUUACUUGCGCUCCAGCGGCUGGCUGCAAUGCUUUUGAGCCUCACAGGAAAGCGGCUGUGCGAGUCAGCCAGGGUCUGAAUGAGGCAGCGUGGCCACCACACAUUACUCUGGGCUUUACCAUAUCAGCGUUUUAUACCACAUUGUGUUCCUGACUCCCGGAUGCAAAAUACUUUAUUACAAGGCUUAAUAAACAUGUUUGCGACCCAA